UUACCUCAGCGACGGGCCGGGCGGGGCCCUGCGCCGGAAUCGGGCUUUUGUGGGCCGUUCGGUUCGCCUGCCUCAGCGCCUGUCUGCAUAGCUCCCGACCUCUGCUGCGGCCGUGGCCAGGCACGGAGCGUUAUCACCCCCUGGGUGCUCCCAAGGGCACAGGGAAAUCCGUGCGCUUUCCUCACGAGGAGCUUCCCCUUGCUGAAAAUUGGGUGUCAGAGGACAGCCUGCCAGCCAUGACCUCUAAGGAUGUUUCAGGCAAAGCUAAUAGUAACUGGAGAUGACUUUGGCUACUGCCCUCAGAGAAACCAAGGCAUCGUGGAGUGUUUCCUAGCUGGAGCUGUAUCUAACGUGUCCCUUCUGGUCAAUGGAAGUGCUGCAGCAGAUGCAGCCAAACUGGCAAUGAGAUACAACAUCCCCAUAGGACUGCACGCCAACCUCUCUGAGGGCUCCCCUGUAUGUGAGGCGCUCAAGACAAACUCUUCUCUCCUCAGUGAAGCUGGAUUUUUUCAUGGGAAAAUGGGAUUCAGAACAGCUCUAUCAAAAGGCCUCCUAAAUAUGUCAGAGGUGAAGCAGGAGCUAAAGGCCCAGGUGGAUCUGUUCCAUGAGCUAACAGGCCACCUACCUACUCACAUGGAUGGACACCAGCACAUUCACGUUCUCCCAAAGGUCAGGCACGUGUUUGCAGAAGUGUUAGAGGAAUAUGGGAUUGAAUACACUCGUGUCCCAAUAGAGCCAGGCCUUCAUAACUGUGACUGGAUUGAGCCAUCCCUGAUGGACUUCUAUGUGGGAGUAGAAGAAGAUUCUCUGAAGACAGUGGAUGUGUUUACAAAGCAUGGAAUAAGGUGGCCAGACAUUUACAUAGGUUUGAGUACCAUGGGCAAGAACAUGUCUGUGAGUGCCAUCCAGAAUGCCAUAGACACCGCCAUUGUGGAGUUCACAUCCAAGAUGCCUGCACACCCAGUGCCACAGCACAGGACGGUGGCGAUUGAACUGAUGGUGCACCCAGGGUACCCAAGCGUCCCUCCCAUCGGUGGCUGUGGGGAAGGACCGGAUGAUUUCUCACAGUCCUGGGAGCGCCUGCAUGAACUCCAGACAUUAAUCAGGCCAGAGCUGCAGAGCCAUUACAAAACAAGGAACAUUCAGCUUUGUUCAUUCAAGGAUCUGUAAAUAUACAUAUUUGCAUACCUACGUUUGUACUUCAAGGGUACACAGUUGCUAAUGUCCCCAUAAGCCGGACCACGUUCCCAGCCUUUGUAACACCUCCCAGCACAGCUGGCAGGAGCUGUCAAUGGCCUGGAAGUUGCAUGAAGCCUUUUGUGAAAGUUGAAACAGUUUGUGAGCAGUGACAGGCAAGUACCUGGGGGUGCAUAUCCUAGUACUGCGGAACGCUGUCCUGUGAGUCAGUCAUAUUCCAUGUGAACCUUCAGCCUGAAAGUCCUUGUCCUGUUUGUUCAUUUUAAUUCCAAUCAUGAAAGCAUCUGAGCUGCAAUGAGCCCUGUACAUAUUGCUGUGUUUAACUGCAUUUUAAGAUGUAGACGUGUUACUGACUUUCUGUGUGGCACUUUCUUCUUUCAGACUGUUGAUGCUCAUUUCCUGUGCAAAAGCGAUCUACCUAACAUCAUUUUAAAGCGUUUUUUAAAUACUAAAAAAAAUUAAUAUCGCCAUCUUUUCUAAGCAAAAAAAUAGUCAGGUCUUUUUCUGUUGUAAUGCAGUGUGAGCAGAAAGCACUCAGGUAUCUGCUCCAGGCGCAAGGCCCUGCAGAGCUGGGAGGGCAUCUUUGUGUCACUUUGGUCGCUGGAGCUGUGUGAUCCACCACUCCUGUGCACCUGAGGCAGUGUUUGCUCUGUACAAACACAAAAAAUCAUCGAGGACACUUGGUAAAAUAUUUUCUCAGGCUCUUUCCUAAUUAUCGUAACGGUUUACGCGGUGUGGAAACAAAACGCGGGAGACCGCAUCUUCAGAGCUGCGGAAGGCAACUGAGGUGCCAGAGCGCGGCUGGACGCGCGAGUGCCAUCUGCUGCCCUGCCGCGUGCUGCAAAGACGGUGCGCCAAUACUGCAGCUCCUUUUCCGCACUGUGACCGUGGUAUGAUGGAUAAUUUAAACCUUAAUCUAAACUUUUGAACUGCGCAACAAUUGGUGACUUUGCUCUGUUCACAACCGUUGGGAUGUAACUUAGCUCAGCUUGUAUGAUUUUCUUCUAGCUGAACGUGGAAAUGAACACAACAGUCUUACCUGAGCAGUUGUUAAGAAAGGCAUUUUAUAAAUACCUCAUUGUCAGAUGAGCAGAACUGAAACCCAAUUUUUUAAAUUGAAAUGAGUUCUAAACGUGGAAAUGAAUACAGAGCUUCUGAAAGACUGGUAAGUAAGGAACCUUUCCCUUGCACAGAAUGCACAGAGGAGGUUUCUCAGGGGCUCUUCACAUUCACCACGGAGUUGAGACUGGAAGCACACACAGGCUGCUGUGAUACACAACACUGUACACAGAUAGCUGAGGUACAAACAUGAAAUCUCUUUGAAAAUAAAACCAUGCCACAAUGCCUUUGAGAGCAAUUUUUAUUAGGGUAGCAGAAUGGAAUUGCAGAAAGCCUAUACCAGUGUUCAUGGGUGUAGUUGUUUUAUUUUGGAUUUUCAACUGCAUGUUUAGAAUUCAGCAUGGCUUAGGGAACCAGAGAGCACAAGAGCUUGAUUUCCUGAGUUAACAAAGGGUUUGAUUUCUUUUUCACCUCAGACUUCAACCACACAGUACAGUAUUUGAUCUUUAUCUUCCUUUUAGAGGGCCACCUGCAAACAAAAGCCAUCACUUAUGUUACACACUUCAUGAUUAAAAACUGAGCUCUGAAACACACACAAAGAAAACUGAUGGUAAUGCUCAUCUUCUGUGUGAUCUUUACAAAUGAAAUGAGAACAGCUAGCGUACAGCACUGCUAUAGACCUCUACGAAUCAGCUGAAGCUCCUUCAGUUACACAGCUCUUCCAGUUUCCUUACAAUGGCAUCCAAGCCACACUGAAAUAAAUGCAGUCUUUAACCUGAGAGGCUUACAACCAGAAAGUAUACUAUUUAGUAGUAACGAUGGCAGCAACCUAGUGCUACAGUCGUUUUAAAUAAUAAAAAUAAUGCAAAUUUAAAGAACGUUUCAAUUGUGAACAGACAUGAUCAAAAAGUACAGUGACUCAGCUGAUGCGAAGUUACACACUUCAGUUCAACAGAUAAUUUGGCAUUAUUUUAUUACGAAUCUGAGUGAGCGUGAAGGAAACAAAAUCAGUACCAACUUUCUGCAACCAAAGACACAAAGAUGUGAAAAAUUUGGUAAUAGUGCUCUCACAAGCCAAGAAACACUUAGGGAAGGUAAGUUUCCGUAAAUAAGGUGAAUGUGGUUUAACUUCAUUUACCUGCCAAAGAAUCCAUCUAAGAACACUUAACAUGAAAUUUCUUAGCUCCCUAACUAAUAAAAAAAAAUUACUUUCAGCAGAGGUGAGGUACUGGGCUGUCAUUGUUCACUAAAUCCAAAAUAAAAGCCAGAUGAGAAGGGCAAAUGAAGGAAUAGCAAAUAUACAUUAAAAACCAAUAGACCUACAGCUUGAUGCACUACUUCUGCAAGGUUGCAAAGGUAGAGGCUGUAUUAAAAGUGACUCUAGGAGUAUAGACAACCAUCCAGAUGUGAGGGAUUUUCUAAUUCAAGUUCUUGCAAAUCGAAGUGAUAUGUACUCCCAGCUAACUAUGGAUUUCUGGAAAUCUGUUUACUCAGUAACACACUCAGGUUCUACAGGUGGAGAAGGCAGUUUGAUUGUAUGGCAGUUUGAUUGGAGCUACAAUCACACUUCAGACUUAGGACACGCAGGCAGAAGAAAAGCAAUAGAGACACAGUAAAGGUGCCCAACUCUGAAUAGAAAGGGCAACCUUCAGCAUGCGUGGGUGUGCCUGGAGCAAAGGGAAAACAGCUCUGCCCAAGUCAGAAUGAUAACUUGAUGUAGUCAUUAGAUAACCUAACGUGUACUUUUAAAACGUAGGAACAGUAGCAGUGAAGUGUAUUCAGUUUAUUGCUUAAUCCUACUCUCGUACUAUUUUCAGUAAUAACUGUACAGCAACUGGGAAGGAAGUGGCGUGAGUGCCAUUCCCUAGCACGUAUAUCAUCUGCAUUUGGAUGAAAGAAAAUCUCACUAGCAGUGCUAACAUUCAGUAUUUGAAAUUAAUUCAUUCCUAAAAUACCAACUUUUUCACUCAAUACCAGUUUAGUAUUUUGGUGCAUCUCUUGGUCCUCAAUUUCUGAAACUUCUAAACUGGUCGCACUGUUGUUCUGUGCACAUUAUCCAAGCUAACUUACACUAACUUUUAUUAAGAAUAAAAGUGAAAGGAGUUUGGAAUCA